UAUAGAUACAUAUAAGAGUCAAAGUUAGUGUUCCAAUCAUAUUUUUUCUUUAAAUAGUACACGUGUUAAGCUUCAAAUAGAAGUUGUAUUAAGUCAGACAAAAAUAGGCUUUAUGGUAGAAUACAUUUUACGCGGAACUGGGCGCGGUGCAGGGUGCGGGCGAGUCGUAUCGAUUACAGUAGCCUCCCGGCUGCCGUAACGCUGGCAACUGUCGCAAAUCCCGACUGUCGUGAAUAUCGGCCGCCCACUGAAGAUGGCGGCGGAGCUGCAUCCGCGGAGCGGAAAGCUGAUCGGUCUGUCUAACUCGAACCGAACCGCCCGGCGCAACCAGCCAGUCCAGGAGUUCAACCACGGCCUGGUGCUUAGCAAGGAGCCGCUGAGGGACCGGGAUGUCUUCACCGUGCGCAUUGACAAAAAGGUGAACUCGUGGAGCGGCUUGGAGAUCGGCGUGACGGCCCUGGACCCCGCCGCGCUCGACUUCCCCAGCAGCGCCACGGGCCUCAAGGGCGGCUCGUGGAUCGUGUCGGGCUGCUCGGUGCUGCGCGACGGCCGCUCGGUGCUGGAGGAGUACGGCCGCGACCUGGACCAGCUGGCCGAGGGCGACCGCGUGGGCAUCCAGCGCAGCGCCCGCGGCGAGCUCCACCUGUGGGUGAACGGGCAGGACUGCGGCGCGGCCGCCAGCGGCCUGCCGCCCAGGCUGUGGGCGGUGGUGGACCUGUACGGCAAGUGCACUCAGGUGACGGUGGUGGGCUGCGAGCCGCCGCCGCCGCCCGCCACGACGGAGAAAGAGACAAUAGGGCUGGGCGAUGAGGAGGAGGAGGAGGAGGAGGAGGCGGACGGGGUGGAAGAGGAGGUGGAGGAGGGGGAGGAGGAAGAGGAAGAAGACGUGGUGGUGUGUGGGGGUCGGGGCGAUGGCGGCGUCGCGGCCCUGAUGAAUGUCGCAGCAAUGAAUGGAAUGAUGAAUGGAGAUGAAGUGCCUGAGCUCGGUUGCAGUCACAGCCGACCGGACAAGUUCCCCAACAACCUGGAGCCGGAAAUGGUUCUAACGGAGCACCAGCUCUUUGACGUGUUCAACAACGCAAUAGUGUCUUUUUAUCGCUCCGAGGACGAGGGCGGAGGGGAUGAUGGAGGAGGAGGAGGAGGAGGAGGAGGAGGAGGAGCAGCAGCAGGAGGAAACCCAGGAUCCGACUCCUCAUCCAGGAACGACAGGGGCAGCAGCAGCGGAGGGGGUGCAGUCAACAGCGACAGUGGAACAGGGACCACGGGUGGUGGUGGAGGAGGAGGAGGAGGAGGAGACGGCGGAAACGGCAACAACAGUCCCGCCGGCAACGGGGGGGUCGGGCUGGCGGCCGGCGCCGGCGCCACCACCACCAACGACGCGCUGCUGUUCCACGAGAAGUGCGGCACGCUGAUCAAGCUGAGCAACAACAACAAGACGGCGGAGCGGAGGAGGCCGCUGGACGAGUUCAACAACGGCGUCGUGAUGACCAACCGGCCGCUGCGACACAACGAGAUGUUCGAGAUCCGCAUUGAUAAGCUGGUGGACAAGUGGUCCGGCUCAAUAGAGAUCGGCGUGACCACCCACAAUCCCAACAACCUGGACUACCCGGCAACUAUGACCAAUCUGCGCUCAGGUACGAUCAUGAUGAGCGGCUGCGGGAUCCUGACCAACGGGAAAGGGACCCGCAGGGAGUACUGUGAAUUCAGCCUGGAUGAACUUCAGGAGGGAGACCACAUAGGCCUGAUGCGCAAGGCCAGCGGAGCGCUGCACUUCUACAUCAACGGCAUCGACCAAGGUGUCGCGGCGGCCCAGACGCCGGGCGUGGUCUACGGCGUGGUCGACCUCUACGGCAUGGCGGUCAAGGUCACCAUAGUGCACAACCACAACCACAGCGAGCGCCUCAGGCGCAACAACGCCAUCAUGAGAGCCCUGUCGCCGGAUGUGGGGCGGCCCCGGGCGGCCCUCUCCCUCACGCCGGACUCGGAGGGGCCCGACCGGCUGCUCUUCCACAGCAACUGCGGCCAGAAGGCCGCCAUCAUCAGCGAGGGCAGGACAGCACUGCGGCCGCAUGCGACGGACGACUUCAACCACGGCGUGGUGCUGAGCGGCCGGCCGCUGCGCUCCAACGAGGUGUUCCAGGUCCGCAUCGACAAGAUGGUGGACAAGUGGGCGGGUUCCAUCGAGAUCGGCGUCACGACGCACAACCCGGCGUACCUGCAGCUGCCCUCCACCAUGACCAACCUGCGCUCGGGCACGUGGAUGAUGACGGGGAACGGUGUGAUGCACAACGGAACGACAAUACUGGACGAGUACGGCCACAACCUGGACCGGCUCAAAGCGGGCGACACAGUAGGUGUGGUGCGGAAAGAGGACGGCAGCCUCCACUUCUUUGUAAACGGCGUGGCUCAGGGCCCGGCGGCCUGGAACGUCCCCCCCAGCGUCUACGCCGUGGUGGACCUCUACGGCCAGGCCGCGCAGGCCACCAUCAUGGACGACAUGGUGGACCUCCUGCCUCUCCCCGAGGACGGCUCAGACGGCCCCACGGCCACGUCCCCCGGGAGCCCCUGCUCGGUGGGGGGGGGCGGCGCGACCAACGACCUGCGCUUCCACCACCUGCACGGCACCAACGCCGUCAUCACCAACGGGGGGCGCACCGCCCUGCGGCAGAACUGCCGCAGCGAGUUCAACGACGCCAUCGUCAUCUCCAACAGGUGCCUUCGAGAUGGAGAGCUCUUUGAAAUCGUCAUUCAGAAGAUGGUGGACCGCUGGUCGGGUUCCAUUGAAGCAGGAGUGACAGCCAUCAGGCCAGAUGAGCUUGAGUUUCCCAACACAAUGACUGAUAUCGACUAUGACACUUGGAUGCUGAGUGGCACGGCCAUCAUGCAGGAUGGCAACACGAUGCGCAACAACUACGGUUGUGACCUAGACUCUCUGACCACAGGCUCUCGCAUCGGCAUGAUGCGCUCAGCCACCGGCGACCUCCAUUAUUACAUCAACGGGGUGGACCAAGGCGUCGCCUGCACCGGCCUGCCGCCAGAGGUGUACGCCGUGAUCGACCUGUACGGUCAGUGCGUCCAGGUGUCCAUCACCAGCUCCUCGGGCCCGCUGGACAACAGCCUCUGCACCAGCAACAUCACCGAGAAGAGCUUCCCCAUCCACUCGCCAGCCGGCGUCGCCCAUCGACUCCACGGCAAACACGGCAAGAAUGUGGUGUUGCUCGGCGACGGCUGCCAGGGCGUCCGAGUCGGGGGAUACGCUCACUACGCUCACGGCAUCGUGUUCAGCGCCAAGGAGCUCAAAGCCGACGAGCUGUUCGAGGUGAGGAUUGACGAGGUGGACGAGCAGUGGUGCGGCUCGCUGCACGUCGGCCUGACCACGCUGGCGCCCCCGGAGCUGCCGUCGUGCCCGCUGUCGGGCCUCUCGCCCUCGCUCACGCAGCUCCGCACCAAGGUCACCUGGCUGCUCUGCGGCUCCGAGGUCCGCCGCAACGGCGUGCUGCAGCGGCAGAACUACAGCUGCUCGCUGGACCGGCUGACGGUUGGGAACCGGGUGGGUGUGAAGAGGUGCAGCGACGACACCAUGCACAUCUUCAUUGACGGGGAGGACAUGGGACCUGCGGCGAAUGCAGUAGCCAAGAACGUUUACGCCGUGUUGGACCUGUACGGGCGGAUAACCGCCGUGUCCAUCGUGAGCUCCUCGGCGAUGGAGGACGUGGAAAGCGUGAAGGCGCCGUCGCUCUCCCUGGACAGCUGCAGCGAAGGAGAGGAGGACGGCACCCCCGUCAGAGAGGCGGAGGCCGAGGUGUGCGCGUCGGCGCCGGCCGCCAUGGCGUUCCUGGAGAACCACGGCAAGAACAUCCAGCUGUCCAGCCAGAACCUGACGGCGGCCCGAGUGUGCAGCUACAACCAGGGCCUGCUGGUCACCGCCCAGCCGCUGGCCCGCCAGCAGCUGUUCCAGUUUCAGAUCGGGCUGAACCCGUCGUGGACGUCGUCGCUGUCGUUGGGGGUCAUAGGUCACUCGCCGGACCGGCUCAACUUCCCCUCCACAGCGUGUUGUCUGAAGCGCUCCGCGUGGCUCUUGCAGAGAGACUCGGUCUUCCACAACUCCUUAAAGAUAUGUGGAAACUACGGUCCUAAUCUGGACACUUGUCCCGAGGGGACAGUGUUGGGUCUGCUGGUGGACGCCAACAGCUGUCUCCACCUCUACGUCAACGGCAUGGACCAGGGCGUGGCGGUGCAGGACAUUCCUUCGCCCUGCUACCCCUUCAUCGACCUCUACGGCCAGUGUGAACAGGUUACUAUAGUAACCAACAACGUGGCCGCUGUGGGCGGGGAGAGUGGGGAAACCCGUUGCCAAGGAGACAUGGAAAAGGCGGACAUGGUUGAUGGAAUCAAAGAGAGUGUGUGCUGGACGCCCCCCCCAGAGGUCAACCCCAACAAGACCUGUGAGUACCAGGCACUGUGCUCCCGCUUCAAGGACCUGCUCACUUUACCAGAUGGCUAUUUUAACGAAGACGCACAGAACAACCUCUGCUACUGCGAGUCCUGCCACAAGCUCCGGGGCGACGAGGCGUAUUACAAGAGAGGGGAGCCCCGGGACUACGCCCUGCCCUUCGGAUGGUGCCGCUUCGCCCUCAGGAUCAAGCCCCACUGCGAGGCGUCCAACGCACUGAAGAAGUGGCACAUCGCGUACCACGGCACCAGCGUCGGAGCGCUGCGCCGCACGCUGGACCACAGCCAGCUGCUGCCCGGGACGUCCUCCGUCUUCUCGGUGACCCCGGCGAAGGCGGAGGGGCACGGCUACAGCGAGCCGGAGGAGAACAGCGCCCCCGGCAGGGAGGUUCCCCGGGUGCGGCUCUCCCCCACCAUGCGCUACUCGGGCAUGGAGAUCUUCGCCCCCAAAGUGCAAUUUCGGGACCCCCGUUCCCACCACAGCCAGGCCCAGGUGGGCUUCCAGGUGUGCGUGCGGCCCGGCUCCUACAAGGCGGGGCCGCAGACGCUCGGCGGCGGCGGCGAGCCGCUGGACCGCUUCAGCAACUCGGAGAUCGAGUGGAUGACGAAGGAGCAGGGCGGCACGCUCCUCUACGGACUGCUCAUCCGGGUGGAGUGAACCGGAGCCAAACGGGCCGACAACCAAAUCCAACCCCCCCCACCCCACACCCCCCCCCCCCCACCGCCUUGAGAGAGAGACUCCUCUGGAAUCCAGCUGUUUCAACCGUGGAUUGUUGACAAUUCAGCAUCAUCGAUUUAUUUUUUGGGGGGGUUUCUUUUGUGUUGUUUGCUCUCGGACUCUUUUAAAGGCCGGGGGGGAGGGGGAGGGG